AUGUCUGCAGACUUUUGGGCGGGCUAUGUCAGCGGCGCAGUGGGAAUUGUCAUAGGAAACCCCCUUGACCUGAUCAAGGUCCGGUUGCAGGCGAAAGACGCAAUACCAGCUCAGACGACAGUGUCCUAUGCCCGACAGUUCGAAACCCCAUCGUCCUUGGUAACAGGUACUGCGGCCCCAGUGCUAGGUUACGGUGCAUUGAACGCGCUUCUGUUCGUCUCCUACAACCGGAGCGAAGCUGCCAUUAACAACUAUCUCGCAAUCUCGCCGAACCUUUGGACAACAUGGGCAGCAGGGGCCAUCGGCGGGCUCGCGACAUGGGUCGUCAGCACCCCAACAGAGCUCGUCAAAUGCCGUGCACAACUCUCCUUGCCUCCAACAUCAAGCUGGAAGAUCGCAAGGCAAAUUGUGAAGAGUGAAGGGUUUCGAGGCCUGUACUUUGGUGGAGUGGUAACGGCGCUUCGGGAUAGCAUUGGAUACGGUUUUUACUUCUGGUCUUACGAACUCAGCACUCAGCUGAUAACUUCGAGUAAGCAAGAAAAGUCGCUCACUAAGGAUGCUGCAAGGGUGUUACUGUGUGGCGGUUUGGCUGGAGUCGUCACUUGGGCCAGUGUCUUCCCGCUCGAUGUCAUCAAGACUCGAGUGCAAGCGCAGACUAACGAGCCUGCGGCUAUGGCUCUACUUGGUGAUCAGACGAAGGUCCACAGACGGGCUGGUGCGAUUGAGGUGGCGAAGGAGGCGUAUAGACAAGGUGGAUUGCGGGUGUUUUUCCGGGGUUUGACUAUUUGCAGCGUGAGGGCUUUCGUGGUCAGUGCCAUCCAGUGGGCGGUUUAUGAGGGCAUAAUGCAUGAACUCGAUCAGGGAAAACAGAGGUCGGUAGAGCCUGUAUAG